AUGAACCUCAGCAUUGUUGCAGCCAUAUUCAUGGCAUCUGUAUCAUUCAACCAAGUUUUUGGCACAAGGGAAACAGGAAUUCUCUCUGCUGAUCAGGCCUUGGAAGCCUUGGGCAACCCACUGGCCCGCACCGUAGAUACAGAGGAGGAUUGGAAGUUUUGUCCUGCUUGUAAAGGUGUGGCAGGAGCUUCACACACCUGUGCAAGCUCUGAUUCUAGUGGUAGUAGUUAA